AUGGCAGAAGAGAAAGAGGACCAGGCUGCAGGGGAAAUGCCUCCAGCUGAAGUAUAUUUGAAGACAGAUGACAAACUGAUCCUCUAUCAUUGGACUCAGUCCUUCAGUUCCCAAAAGGUGAGUAGCUUGUGUGGCUGUUUCUAAGAAUGUCAGAUUUCAGAACCCGGACAGCUCCCUCUGUAUGUUUUGCCCACCUAAAAGGUGGUUGCUGGGUGUGGACACUCUGUUUAUCUAAAUGCAGCUGUAAGAAUGCAUUUGGAGAAGAAAGCAGGCAGAGGGGAGAGUAGGGAAAGGGGAGCCCAGUGUGCUUCAUAAACAGGCCUCAGAGCCCUUACAAUUGUCAUAGUCUAGGGAUGGCCAAUGUGGUGCCCUUCAGAUGUUAUUAGACUUCAAUUCCCACCAGCCCAAGCCAGCAUGGCCAAGGGUCAGGGAUGAUGGGACCUGUAGUCCCAACAACAUCUAGAAUGGACCACACUGACUACCUGUCAUAGAAUUUUAUUCAUUUUAAAACAGUUAGCUGUUUCCAAGAAUAAAUAAAUUGAACAGCAAAAGGGAGAAACAAUAUUUGCUUGCUCCUUCAUACAUGGUUUUCUUUACAGAGACCACAGAGUGCACUUAGGAAAUUAAUGGGUAUCAUGUUGUGAGCAUGUCCCUACCAGAAUCCACCUGCAAUGUUGAACCAAAUUAAAUAGUAUGCUACUCAUUUUCAAAACAGCAGCAGCAGCAGCAGCAGCAGCAGCAGCAGCAGCAACAACAACAAAUUAAUUAAUGUUAUAUGUAUAAUGUUUUAAUAAUUCUGUUAGUUUCAGAUUCUUCAUGUGUAUUUCCAAACUAUUAAUAGGAAAUGUGUAUUUUUAAUAGGACAGCUGUAAAUCUUCAACAGGAAUGUUCAUAUAUAUUUUUCAGGUGCGUUUGGUGAUUGCUGAAAAGGGACUGAAAUGUGAAGAGCAUGAUGUAAGCCUUCCACUGAGUGAACACAACGAGCCUUGGUUUAUGCGUUUAAAUGCAUCUGGAGAAGUCCCUGUACUUGUCCACAGAGAAAACAUAAUUUGUGAUGCAACUCAGAUUGUCGACUAUCUUGAAGAAACUUUUGUGAAUGGUAAGAAGAGUACUGUGGUGAUUUUUCAUAAUGUAAAUGUUGGGUGUGAGUUACACCUUGCUGCAUCAGGAUUUGUUUACAGGUGCCCAAACGAUUGCCUAAAUGUUACCGAUUGUCUACAGAUGCCCAAAUGCUUCCAGGAGGGUCACAUAAUGUGCAGUUUAGUCCUUGUGGCACACUGAAAAAUGGGGUUAGGAAACUUUGUGGGAUGGGUUUGGGAUAAAAAUUAUAGCCACUCUUUGACAUGGGUUAUGAUUUUAUUACUCCCAUCUCUCUCAUAGUCCAUUUGCCCAUUAUUGUCUACUGUGACUAGUAGUAGCUCUCUAGGGACUUUGGCAGGAGAUUUCCCUAUCAGCUGUUUCCAUGAUCCUUUUAACUAGAAGCAACAGGGAUUGAACCUGGGAUCUCCUGCAAAGAAAGCUUGUGCAGUACCACUGAAUGAGGCAAUAGUGCUCUCCCGGACACGGGUGGCGCUGUGGGUUAAACCACAGAGCCUAGGACUUGCCGAUCAGAAGGUCGGCGGUUCGAAUCCCUGUGACGGGGUGAGCUCCUGUUGCUUGGUCCCUGCUCCUGCCAACCUAGCAGUUCGAAAGCACGUCAAAGUGCAAGUAGAUAAAUAGGUACCGCUCCGGCGGAAAGAUAAACUGCGUUUCCGUGUGCUGCUCUGGUAAGCCAGAAGCGACUUAGUCAUGCUGGCCACAUGACCUGGAAGCUGUACGCCGGCUCCCUCAGCCAAUAAAGCGAGAUGAGCGCCGCAACCCCAGAGUCGGUUACGACUGGACCUAAUGGUGAGGGGUCCCUUUACCUUUACUGUUGCCUGAAAGCAUGAAGGUUUGCAACUGAGCCUUCUCCAAUCACAGUAUUGCAGUGACUAAGACUUUAAACUUUGAUCCUUCAAUUUUGUUCUCACCAUAGUCUUUGUAGAUCUAUCUAUCUAUCUAUCUAUCUAUCUAUCAUCUAUCUAAUUUUUCACCCCAGAAAACAUUCCAAGGCUGAUUCCAGAAGAAGGGAGCAUGUACUAUCCCAGGGUUCAGCACUACAGAGAGCUCCUGGAUUCCUUGCCAAUGGAUGCCUAUACACAUGGCUGCAUUCUACAUCCUGAAUUAGCAGUAGAUUCUAUGAUCCCAGCUUACGCCACAACUAGAAUUCGUAGUAUGUACCAUUGUCUGAUGAGAACUCUGCUUGUGCAGUGUUAGAUAGAAUGCUUUAACUCUAUCUUUGUGUGUUUAUCAUUAAACUAUUUCUGUUGACAAUAACAAAACCAUUUUUUUUUAAAAAAAAUACUGUUUUCCAUCAAAUUAAUUAUAGUGUAUUUAGGGGUUAAAUCUGCAUCAGUGACAGAGAGGUGCUUAUACUCAAGUAUGUCAGAUAUUGGAGCAGGCAGGCAACACUCAUUUGGCAAGUUCUUAAAUCAAAGAGUUUCUAACUGAUAUGUUCUAAUAUAUAUAACUGUACUGAAGUAUUUUGAUGGACGUGGUUUAUUAGCUUUUAAUGAGCUCAUUGUUGUUUCUUCAGGCCAAAUAGGCAAUACUGAGUCUGAAUUAAAGAAACUUGCAGAAGAAAACCCAGAUCUUCAAGAUGCCUAUAUAGCGAAGCAGAAACGUCUUAAAGUAAGAAUGGACAAUAUCUGACAGUCAAAAACCCAACUUAGAAUGCUACUGUUCCUUUGGAUGUGAUAUUAAUGUGAUAUAUUUCUUGUCAUUGCAUGUAUGUAUCUUCAGAAGAAGUCAAGGUUAAGGGGAUUUUUUUUUUUGGUAAUAACUCUGCUUUUGUGGCCACACUACUUGCUAUUACUGUUGCUUGUUUGUUCUAUACUUGUUUUGGUGUUGUUAUGCAACCAGUAGUGGGUUCCAGUUUUGCUCACUUUCUUUCCAAAUACUGAGCAUUGCUGCUGGUUCCUGAGAUGGGCAAGGCCUGGAGAGUUCAGCAGAGUUUUGCCUGGUGAUCAUGCCAAACGAACACUCUUGUUGCUGCACCCACACUGCACUCCCCAUAUCUUGCCCCUCCACCUCUCAGGAACCAGCAGCAUCACUCUGUGUUUGAAAGUCAGGUGAGCAGUGCCAUUCUAGCUACGACACUCCACUGAUCACUACUGGAUGCAUAGAUGCCUGGCUUAUGACACUAUACUAUGCAUGCUUCCUCAGAAGUAAAUCUCAAUAUGUUCAAUGGGGCUUACUCCCAGGAAAUGGGACUGCAGAUUAAAUAUACAAUCUACUUAUUUUCCUUAGUCUAAACUGAUGGAUCAUGAUAACAUAAAGUAUUUACAGAAAAUAUUGGAUGAGCUGGAAAAAGUUUUGGAUCAAGUUGAGACUGAGCUGCAAAGAAGGAAUGAAGAGACUCCAGGUAGGAAAUUUUCAUAUUUAGUUCUUGGUCAGUGCGUAGCUGUCUCAGUUAAAGCAUUGCAUGUUGUUCAGUAUAUUGGCACUGUGCAUCAGACAUUUGAUCAGCACAUGGAAAGUUCAUUUUAAAAAGAAACUAGUUCAUUCCAAGCACUGCAAUUGGUUAAGUCAAAGGUUCCCAGUGUUUUCUUGUUUAAGCACUUUUGUUGCUUUAAGAUUGAAGAUUUAGAAAUGCAAGUAAACAAACAAUUUAAUGCCUUUUCCAGGAACAAUCUGGGACUGAUGGCUAUUUGAGCAUAAUAGAGAAAACAGUGACAGAAACAUAAAACCCAAGGUCCUUCUCAUCCUAUUACUUUUUAUUAGCCCCUAACUUUUUUUUUUAACCUUCAUUCUGAUUAGAAAAUGGACACCAGCCUUGGCUCUGCGGUCAGUUUUUCAGCUUGGCCGAUGUAUCCCUUGCUGUUACAUUGCAUCGACUGAAAUUCAUUGGACUGGCAAGGAGAAACUGGGGGAAUGGAAAGCGGCCUAACUUGGAAGCCUAUUAUGACCGUGUCUUGAAGAGAAAAGCAUUCCACAAGGUUUUAGGACAUGUCAACAACAUAUUAAUCUCUGCAGUUCUUCCAACUGCAUUUCGAGUGGCCAAGAAGAGGGCACCAAGGAUUUUUGGCACCACUCUUUUGGUUGGCUUCUUAGCCGGAAUCGGGUAUUUUGCUUUGGUGUGUCUCCGGAGGAGGUUUCCCAAUGUGCUGUCAUCAAUUAGAGCAAGGCAAAGUUAUCUGUAGAUGUUUCUUGCCAAACUGUGAAAGGACCACCAGUUACACCAAGGAUGUAAUGGGCCACAACAUUGUUAUACAUUAGUACAGGGGUUGCCAACAUGGUACCCUCUGGGUGUGGUUGGACUAUAACCCUCAUCAGCCAACUCUCAUGGCCAUUAGUAAGGGAUGAUGAGAGUUGUAGUCCAGCCACAUCAGCAGAACCAUAUUGGCUACCCCAUAUUAGAUUUCUGCUGCCACACAGGUACUUAUAGAAAUGAAAUCUUGAAGAAAAAUGAAAGAAUAGCUUGGAUCUGGAGUAUUGGGAGCAGCAAACUAUGGAAUGGGACUUCCCUUUCUACUGCUAAAAAAAUCUCUCUGGAUGGUUGAGGGACACUUCUCAGCAGCACAGGAUGGGGCAUAGUGCUGGAAGAAGGUUGGAUUACCCAAAGUUGUGGGAGGGGAAAGGACCAUACACAUUGCACAAAUGGUGCUCUGUUCAUGAAAUGAUUUGGGUCAACUUCUCAUCCUCUCAACUCAUGCUGUUCAGGAGGGCAUUUGGAGCUGCAGGGGGGUAAAAUAAUGGUAUAAUCUCCAGGCUUCUCUCUGCUUCCAGUACUCAAGAUUCUAGCCAAUAUAACUUCCUUUUCAAAUUGUGGCUUAUAUGGCAAUAUGCAGUUGGAAAGAAUACACAACCCCCCUCUCCCAUCUCCCUCUCUCUUAAAAGCCAUUCCUUAAUAUUUUACUUUAUGUGGUCUUUUGGCAAUUCAACAUUUGUCAUCAUUCAGUGUGAUCAGCCCUCUGCUAAUCCACCACUUAUAUAUUAUGUAAAUUUGGGCCUUCUAAAAAUGAGGAGCUUUACAUCAAUUAUAUGUUGCACCAUGGCUGGAUUAAAGCACAUUUUCCUAAAACACCAGUUAGUUGAAUAAACUUUGUCAGAGCAGCAUACAUUUAAAUCACAUUAGGGAAGCACAUGGAAAGUAGAUUGUUGUUAGGAACAUAGCAGACGGGUUUCCAAGGCACAAAUAACAGUUAGGCACUGGACCUCUGUGGAGUGCCCAUUAGGAAGAGACACCUUGAUGGAAUUUGUGCCUUGAUUAUUCUUCGCACAGGAGUGUCAUGCAUCAUCAGUCUAUUCUGAAGCACUGUGCAUCAUGCAUUGGAUAUUGUGAGUGUAAAUUAAUAGGGGUGUUGCUUUUCUUUUAAUGUAAGCAUAUUUUUUGUGCCUGUGUAUGAAUGUAGCCCAUAAUGUGCCUCAGAAAAUGUCCUCUCCACAAAUAUAAUAUCUUCAGAAA